AUGGAUGGCAGGCUGAUCACGGAUCGCUUUGCGGAUGGAGACCCCAGCAACAACGAACUCCGCUACGGCGGCUUCGAUGUGAGGGAUAUGACCUUCCGCCAUGGCGGGGACUUCCGCGGCCUGCGCCUCGGAGCGGCGCAAGGUGGAGGUGGGAAGCGUCGGAUGGUCGAGAUUCGUCGGAAGAUCGAGGUGGAGGAGGUAUGCAGGAAUGGCUACAACAGUUAUCACCAAUAUUCUCAGUUGGAUUUCACUCUGCUGGACCAACGCCUGGGCACGAAGGAGGAGCUUCGACGCCUCACGGAGCAAGCGCAUGCACUGGGGCUCUACGUCUCUUGGAUGGUAAAGAGCGGGCGGCGGAGGCGGAACGCGGUCAUCAGUGUCGUCAUCAAUGAACAACUGAACAUGAACCGUGAUUGUCGACGUGGUGAUGAACCACAUGAGCUCCUGGGAACGGAGAUCCGCAACGAGUUCUUCUUCGAAGGCACCGCGCUCCGCGUUGGGGGAGCGGCGGCGAGCGUUUGGAGCGGGACGGCGAAGUGGGCCGUGGGAGUGUGCUUCCUGCAUUUCUUCUCCUGCAUGGCUGCUCAGCGGCCUUAUUUCCAAGUGGCAGGUCACAAAGAGGGCCGUGCUCCCUGGCGAAUGCACGAAACGGUCCAGGGCCGGGAGUACCUGCUGCUCACGCGCAAGCCCAUGGAGGAGUUGCAUUCGACACCUGCCGGGCGACAGCCCUACAUGGACUUUUGGUACAACAACACCUGGGAUCCCCAAGCGCAAUACCCAGGCACGCUCUAUGGGCAGCAUGGCGAGGCCACCGUGGACGUGGGCCACGGCACCUACGAGAGCAGCGACUUUCAUCACAACGGGGACCUCCAGGACCGAACGAACUCGGACCGGUGGACCGGUCCAAACCGGAAGGGGCGAAGCGCCAGGCGCCGCUUUGUGGUGGCGGCGUGGGAGCUACGCCGCCGGUCGAAGAAGGAGACGGAGGAGAUCGGCUUCGGAGUACGGCAGGCGAUGGACGUUGAAACUCGUCUUCGUCUCCUGGAAGCGGAAGUCCUUCAGCCAAGCAACCAGCAUCGGCGGGAAGGCACCCAAAAGUUGCAAGAAGCGGUCGACUUGCUGGAGGAGUUUCUUGGUCGAGGGAAGCUCUACGGGACCAUGGACGAUUUGCGCCUGGAGCACCGGCGCGUCCAACAGAAAUACCUCGCCAUGAGCAACGCGUUGAUCUCCAGUUGCGACGUGGAUGGCUUUCGCGUGGACACGCCCAUGCAAGUGCCAUUGGUCUUCUACAAGGCUUGGGUGCCUGCUGUGAAGCUUCGGUGGCAAGAAGACGUAGAACCCAUGGUGCCCUGGGCGGCUGGACUCCGCGUGGCUGUGCCCAAUGUGGCCGGAGUGGUGCAAUGGUUUGUGAAGAACCUGAGCAUCAGCAUGUGGAGGAAUGAGUGUCGAUGGGAUUUGGCGUGCCGAUCGCAGAGCUUUCCAUCGUUACUGGCCACGCCGCCGCUGCAAUUCCUUCCAAAGUUGUCGGAUGUGGUGGAGUUCUCCCAGGAGCCCACGCAGAGGCUGCAUUUUUGGGGCUCCAUCCUUUUGUGGUCACCUUUUCUGAUGGCUUUCCUUUGCGAAGCCAUGCGCCUCAUCGUCGGAUCGCUGAAACCCAAGACGUCGAUCGACUCGACUCUACGCUAUGGCAGGCUGCAGGAUCUGGAGACCAAUGACCCAGAUGCUGAGACGCCACGACAUACGCCGAGCAAAGUGCAAGCCAAUGGCUUUGGCCAGAGCAUUUGCUUUACCUUGGCUUUGGUUCUUUACCACAUCGUUUGUGCUGGUAUUGUGGCUAUGGCCAUUCUUUAUGGCUGGCUCUCCCCUGAUGGGGGGGGCCUCUCUUGGGAGCUUUGGGCCUUAUGGCAACAGCUGUGCCUUUGGACGUUAUUUCUGCAGAAUGUGGUGAGAUGUGCAACUCUAGACCGGGAGGCCUUAGCAGCUCCGACCACGAAGACGGUGCUUCUCUACACCGUGCCGUUCUUGAGCGAGUUGGCGGACACCAUGAAGGAUUGGGUGGUGACCGGCAUUUGCUUCCUCCACGCUGGAGCGGUGCCUGUUCGACUUCUCCGAUCAGGUUUCGCGGUGGGCGCGGCUGUGGUCUUGCUGGAACUCUGCGGCACGAUGCUGGGGGUGAUACCUCCCUUCAUCCAAAUCUCAAAGGGUGUAAAGGGCUUAAGCAUAAGCCCUCCCUUGAUACUUCUGCAGGUGGUGUGCGCCACAUGUGGUUUGCAAUGGGCAGUGGCUUCUUGCAAUAGCGGCAGAUUUUCCUACUGCCGUGACUCCAGAUUUGCUGGAUAUCUGGGAUUGCUGCUUUUCCUCACCUUCCUUGCAUGGAUACUUGCGAGAUGUACAGGCACCUCAGGUCACCAACCUGAGGAGGAGCUUGAAGAGGACUGGCGCGAUUCGCCCAGAGGUCGCCCCCCUUCGGACGACGUGGAGUGGGCGCCUGCCGCGGAGUCGUCGCCCUGGAGACGUCCUCGAGUGGGAACGCUGUUCAUUCCGAAGGAUGGACAGGCAGACGGCUGCUCUGCGGCACCUCGCCGUCCGCUGCUCCUUCUGGCACUGGCGAUGCUUGGGACCCUGGGCUCGUGGCCACGCGUCGGUUCCGUCUACCUGGGCUAUGUGGAAGGCGUUUUCCAUUGGAUGACAGAUGGCGGACUUCUCACCGUUCUCUCCACUUACGUGAUCUUCUACUCCUACGUGCGUGUUUGCCUGAACGACGAUUGUGCACAGGAUUUGCGGAAGACCUACGGAGGAAUUCUGGAACUGCCCGCCAAGCCUGCUGCUCCACUGGCCACGGAGACGCGAUGUGACUGGAUGGCACGGCAAUUGGGCAAUCUGUGCGUUGACUUCCUGAGUAGCUCCCGCUUGCUCAUCGCGUGGGCAGAAGAUUGGCCACAGGGCUUCAUUGGAGUAGUUCUGGUGUUUGCUAUACACUCUCACGCUACUGAGUCCCAGCAACCCAAGAAGAUCGGUUUCGCUGGAAUCUCGGCCAUCAUCAGUGUGGGCAAAGGCAUCUUGAUCCCCUUCUUCCAAAAGUACAUGUUUGAACAGCGCAGUGCUGCUGUUCAGAGAGGGCUGGAUGCACUUUUGAGUCCUUUGACGCUUGAAGUCUUGGUGGACCAGCUGCCUGGACCUGUACAGGCAAGAAAGGUGGGUCGCACCUUGCAAGAGUUGGUCCGUGAGGACUCUCGAGACGUCUUGAAGCGUUUGAACGUCGGGGAAUCGGAGCUCUUCCACCCCAUCCACCAGCUGCGCUCGGACUGGCUCAACGACCUGUUGAACCCCGAGAACCGCUUCUUCCGCGCCUUUCAACGCUGCCUCCUUCGGAGCUACGGAGCAGAGGCGGUGCGCGAGCUGGGCUUUAGUGUGGCGGAGUGCCAACGGGCAGGCUUCACUCUCGGUCAGUGCCGCAUCGCCGGGUACCCUCCGGAUGAGUGCCGCGACGUCUAUGAGACUGGCGACGAGAAGACGGGUCGUCAGCUGAAGGCGGUGGGGUUCUCCGCCAUGGACUGCAAGAAUGCUGGCUUGUCGGCGGUGGUAUGUCGAGCGGAAGGUUUCUCCGCCAAGGAUUGCAAGGAUGCUGGCUACUCUCCCAGGGAUUGCAAAAUUUCUGCCUGGAAGGAUUUGCUAGGUACCCCUUUGUGCCAUGCGCGCCGCGAAACAGCCAUGAAACGACCUGCUGCAUUGGCCAUGAAGCGGCCUGCCGCCUCGGCCAUGAAGCGGCCUGCAGCACUGAAGCGGCCAAGUUCCACUUCAGCCGCGGUGCUGAAACUGUCGGUACAAGACAGCCGUGGCGGAGGCUAUCCACUGGUCAACAUGUCCAUGGAGAUUGAGAAGGGACAGCGCAUCGAUGAUGUCAGGGGAAUUAUAGCACAGGCGUUUGGAGGGCCUCCGGAGUUCAUGCAAUUCUCUUCAGAUGGACAGAACCUCUCUGGUGAGGAUUCCAUUGACACCUUGGCCAAGCGAGGCCAAGUGAACUUGGACCUCCGGCAAGCUCCUGACGCACCAUUACCUGGAAGCCAAUGGAUGGGUGAAAACACCAUGCAGGUUCCUGCUGAUGCCGAGGAGCGCAAGGGAACUGUUUGGAUGGAAAGUACUGGAACUGGAGCGCUCUCUGCGACUGAGGUCUCCGCAGAUGACUAUGCUGCUUUGCUGAGAACACUCCAGGAAGACGAAGACCUCAUGCGCCUACGCAACUCGCCCGACAACUUCAGGACCGAGGUGAACGACGUGGUGGCAGAGCGUGACUGCACCAUUGCCCCGGAUCCAGAGCAAAGCAUCGAAUACUUCGACGCCUUUGCGACAGCCAUCCAUGCAGCGCAUGCCUCGGUGAACUCGGCCAAGGGAGAUGCCUGGUUGCGCGUGCUGGGCGUGGUGAAGUAUGACAACAUCAGCUUUGGCAUCUUGCAGGAGUAUGACGGUGAGGGUGAACUUAAGACCCGCUUUCUGGUUGAGGUGCUCAUGGGCUUCUCUGAUGCUUUGUAUCGGCAAUCUCACAGCAUGUGGAUGGGUGCCCGCUACAAGUUCUUCUCCCAUCGCUUCCAAGUGUGGAGGUCGCCGACGCAGGGAGCGCUGGGCCCCAAGGCCUCCAGCUUCCAUGCAUCUUUACAGGAAGCAUUUGAGAUGAUGGGCUAUGCCCAGGUGGGCACCAUCGUUGUUCAGCAGCUGGAAAGGGUCAGGGCCGGUUUCGCUGAGAACUCUCCAACGAAGCUCUUUCAGGAUGCACGUGAUGCGGCCCAGGCGAGUUCCACGCGGGUGGUGUUUCCACCCAUGCGGGGGGCAAGCACCAAAGGUGCUGGACCCAGCGGGCACCAAAACGUUGGCAUUGGCGCGGUGGUUGGCUGCUUGAAAGAGGUCGCGGAUGGAAGUCCCAUGCGAAAGGCCUCGGCAAGAAGAGCUUCGGCGCCAGUGGAUGCAAGCAUUUUCGGUGAGUUCUACGUCACACCCGAGCGCUACAGCACUAUGACUGGCCGUGGGAAAGAUCAUGCCAUGUACCAUCGGCGCGUAGGCUCACAGGCUUUUGAGGGGUGCGGUGGUGAUUAG